AAACCAAAUCUAAGGAAUUGUGAACUCCGACAUUACCUAAACUCCGCAGGGAAGAGAACUUCAUGAACUUCAUCUUACCGGUGCUUGACGGAGAUAGCUUCCAGCAGCAAUGCGAAAAGCAACGACGUAUGGAUUAAACACAUUCAAUCCUCAAGGCCAAUGCUCUUUUCAGAGACAGGACAUGUAGUACAUAUAGCUGGGUGUUCGCCCUAUUUGCUUUGCCAUACGUUUAUCACGAAGUUGGAACUAUAUUUCAAUACACAUUUACAUACGACAUCAACAAUACAGCUUAGAAGCAUUUCGCAACUUUCUGAUUUUAAUUUAAGCAUCCAACUUCCGACAACUCUACAUAGAGUCAUAGGCGAUGGCUUACGGAAGAUCAAUCAUCAUUACCGGCGGGACGAUAAAUCUGGGUUACUAUACCGCGCUACAGAUUGCCAGGGCACAUCCCGAAUACCUGAUCAUCGUCUCAUCACGAUCAGACCGCGAGCAUGCCGCGGAUACCAUAAAUAAGACACUCGGUCAAGAAAACGUAGUUUACAUCCCGCUCGAUCUCUCAAGCCUACAGAGUGUAUGGACUUUUGCUGAAGGUUGGACAUCGAAGAAUUACCCCCCUAUACAAGCCUUGGUUUUCAACGCGGGUCUGCAACAUCCUGGAUCAUUAGUCAAAACUGUUGAUGGCCUCGAAUCAACUUUCGGUGUCAACCAUGUUGGCCACGCUCUACUCUUCCAUCUCCUGUGCCCUUAUCUUGCCUACAAGGCUCGGGUAGUCGUCGUUUCCAGCGGGACUCACGACCCAGACCAAAAUACAGGUGGCAUGCCCAAACCGAACUACAUAAGUGCCGAGGAGAUGGCACACCCCACCUCUGCCUCAGCUAAUAACCCGGGUCGCCAGCGGUACGUUGAAAGCAAGCUUGCGAACGUACUAUGGACGUACGCGCUCGAUCGCCGCCUGAAGCAGCGUGUUCCGGAACGAGAUAUCACAGUGAAUGCUUUUGACCCAGGUCUGAUGCCGGGCUCCGGAUUAGCGCGUGAAGCCGGUUGACUUUUGCGGUUCCUCUGGAUGCAUGUCCUUCCAAGGAUUAUACCACUUCUCAGGGUUCUUGUCUUCCCGAAUAUCCACCAUCCGAAUGAAUCUGCGGCUUCGCUAACACGUCUCGUGGUUGGCUCAGAUGUAGAAGGUGAAAGUGGCAAGUACUCCGAGGGUAAGAAAGCUAUCAAGAGUAGCAAGGAGAGCUAUGACGAGGCUAAGCAAGACGAUGUUUGACAAUGGACAGUGAAUUAUCUUGCAAAGGGGGAUGAGGAACGAGAACGUUUCGAACGACUGAAAUGAACUAGUAUUAUUUUUCUAGUUUUUCUUUCGUUAUCUCACUUGUAGGCUCUAUAUAAUAUCAGGUUAAUAUAACUGACUUCGGAAACCUAGCGGAAAGCGAGGGU